AUGCCCCGCCCACCUCCUUCCCCUUCACCCUCACAAGCUGGCUCGCAGGUCAACGGUGGCCAGCAAAACGGCAUACCCAUGGUCAACGGCCUGCCCUCCGGGGGCCAGCAGACGGAUAUGAAUCACCUAUGGGCGGUGGUGCAGCAGCUGAGUCAGCUGUUGGAGGAGAAUAAGGCGCAGACAGCAGGGAUUGUGAACGGGGUUGCUGCGAUACAAGGACGGGCAGCGGAGGAAGGUGGUGCGGUGGGAGGGCUGGGAAUGAGGGAGGUCAAUGGGGAAUUGAAUGCAGCAUCGAAUGCCCACCAGAUCUCCACGCUCCAAAACCAGCUGUCCUCCGCCCAACAAACCAUCUCCGCCCUGACCGCCACAAACACAUCCCUUUCCGCGCUUUUAACAGACUACGAGUCCGCACUGACCCUCCUCCUCGAUAAAUUGCGUCCAUACGCCUAUUCUCAGACGACUUCCAUCCUCGCGUUGCACAAACACUACCAGGCACUCUUAGACACAGAGCGCAACACAUCUAUGGGUUUGAGGCUGGAGCAUGCAGAGUGGCAAGCAGGGCUGAGCCGCGUGGCGGACAAUGCGAGGAAUGCGUUGAGAUCACAGGGAGAAGUCGAGGAGGGGCUGAGAAGAGAAAUCAGGGAGGUGAAGGAGGAGAACAGGGUUCUGAGGCGGUUGGUGGGGUGGGAGGAGAAGGAGAGCAGCGAUGAAGAGCAAGAAGAGAAGGUCCAACCAUAA